AUGGUGGCCAAGCUGACCAAGCACCUGAAGGCCGCGGACGCGCAGAUCAGGGACCACGUCACCGAGAUCGAGAAGCAGGCGGGGCUGCAACAGGGCGUCCAGGUGACUGCCCAAGGGCAUGAGGCCAGCGAGGCGCGGCUGAAGGAGCGGGAGGCGGCGCUGAUCGAGAUAGAGGCGCGCGUGCGCGCCCGUGCUGCCCGCCUGCACGACUGGUCGACCCAGCUGACCCAGAGCCGGUCCGACCUGCUGGGGCGGCUGGCGGCCAUCCAAGACUGGGAGCGGUCCACCACACGCUGGGGCGCCGCCUCCCUGGCCGCCAGGGAGAACUGGGUCGUUGCGUGCGUGGGCGUCCUCACCAAGCGCGAGGACGACGCCAAGGCCCUGCUGGAAUCGCUGACCAACCUGGCGAGCAUGCUGGAGAGGGAGGUGGCGAGUUCCGAUGCGGUGAACCCGCAGGUGCUGGCAUCCCUGCGCACCACCUGCGUCCUCCUCGAGCAGCUGCAUCGGGGGGCCAAGCCCUCUGCCAUACACCCCCCGCCCCCUCCCGGCAUCUGA